AUGAAAGCGUUUUUUAAUAAAAAAGUUAAUAUCAUCUGUGACUUGCUUGAAUCUGAAUUAAUCGAGAAGAAAAAUUUAAAGUUUCGUUUUGAGAUAAGAGCAUUAUAUUUUAAGAUAUCAGAGGAAGAGUUGGAAGAAAAAUAUUUUUUCUCAAAUUAUUCACAGCUUUGUAAAAGUGAUUUUAUUUCGAGCAUUGUUGAGAUGCAUUUUGAUGAUGUUAUUGAAAAAUUAGAAUCUUUUAUUCUUAGUUCAAGUGGAUGGUCUCUGUACUCUAUUUUAUGUAUGUUUGUUCAUGUUGUUAAGAUGAAGCCUUUAAGAGGUUCAUCAUACAUAGCUCUACCAAAAAGAUUAUUAAAUUCGAAACGCAGUGGAAUUUUAAACAUUAAAAAUAGAGAUUGUUUUUGUUUCUUGUAUUGUAUAGCAGCUGCUUUAUAUCCUGAAACAGAUUUAAUUAAAAAAACCAAACCAGAAACUUAUAAAAAACAUUUUAAAAAUUUUAUAACAACUAAGUUAUCUUUUCCUCUUGAUUGUAAAUUUAUUCCAAAUUUUGAAAAAUUGAACAAACAUUUAAAUAUCUCAAUCAAUGUUUAUGACUAUUCUGAUGGUCAUUUCUCUGUUUUAAGGACAACUAAAGAACAAAAACAUAAACAUAUUGAUUUGUUAAUCAUUCAUAAUACCAGUAAUUUCCACUAUUGCUUAGUGACUGACUUCUCUAGUGCAUUUAGAUCAUCAAUAACAAAAGAUACUAAAAAACUUGAGUUCAUUUGUAAACAAUGUCUACAACAUUUUUAUAAAGAAGAGAGUUAUAAGCUACAUUUAGAACUUACUUGCACAGGUGUUUCAUAUACUUUCAAGGAAAAAGAGAUAAAAUUUAAAAAUUUUUCAAAUCGAUGUCUUCAGAAAUUUGUAUCUUUUGGAGACACAGAAUCUUUGCUAACUCCAAUUUCAAAUCCUUCACGUUUUGAAGAGAAUAAAUCAUACACUGUUAAAUAUCAAAAGCACGUUCCAUUUGCAAUAGGUUUCUCAUGGUACUCAUUUAAUAAUGAUUCUUAUCUAGACAAAGUGCGUUUGUUUUAUGGUGUUGACUGUGUAGAAAGUUUUGUAAAUAAAAUUGAGCAAGAUGUUUUCUAUAUCUAUAAUAAAUAUUAUUCAGUAUUGCAUCCAAGAAGUAAAAUUUCAGAAGAAGCUUUAUACUAUCUAUUUGAAAAAAACAACAAACAAUGUCAUAUUUGUUUACAAAACAUUGAUUUUAAUGAUGUAAAUUUAGUGCUUGAUCAUGAUCAUACAAUACCAAAAAAUUCCACACUUUCGGAAUAUAGAAAUUGUAAAUAUUUUAUUGGCAACAAUAGAGUUUCAAAUAUUACGCUUGAAAUUAUGGAUGAUGUUAAUAUGAUUACAUUUAUUGAUCGUGGCAUUCGAGGUGGUUUCGUAGGAGGAAAUCAAAUUUUAACAACAAGCAAUAAUAGCUAUGAUAAAGAUUAUGAUUCAACAAAACCAGAAUCACAGAUUAUAAUAGCGGAUUUCGUGGGUUUAUACAGUUUCUCAAUGGUAAACUACAAAAUGCCAGUUAAUCAGUACGAAUGGGUUGAAGAAAAUGAGCUAAAACUUAUUGAAAAAAAUCUUAGUCAAUAUGCAAACAAUGAAAAAUUUACUUACAUCAUAGAAGCUAACAUUUCUUAUCCAAAAUCAUUGCAUGAUGCACAUAAUUCAUGGCCUUUAUUAUGUGAAAGAAAACAAUACAAAGAUGGAAAAAUCUGGAAAUUAGUUCAGAACCUUUACGACAAGAAAAAUUAUGUAGCACACAUUAAUAUAAUUCAUUAUGCAGUUACGAAAGGAUUAAUAUUAGAAAAUAUUGUACGAGCAAUCCGUUGUACACAUAGUUUUUGGUUAAGAGAUUUUAUUGGAAUGAAUAAUGAAAUCAGAUUGGAUCCAAAUCUUCCAAAAUUUUAUUCUACAGUAAUUAAAAUGUUAUCAAAUGCUACUUUUGGUAAAAUGAUUGAAUCAUUGACUAAGAGACGAAAGAUUAAACUUAUUACAAAUGAAAAAGAUUUAAUUAAAUAUGCUGCCUCCCCACAUUUAAAAAACAUUACUGUUUUCAAUGAAAAUCUUUUAGCUGUUGAGUUAGUAAAGGACUCAAUAGUAUUCAACCGUCCAAGAACAAUUGGUCUGACAAUACUCGAAAAUAGUAAGCUGACGAUGCAAGAAUAUUAUUAUGAUAAAUUAAAGAGUGUUUUGGGUGAUAUUUCUUAUGAAACUAAAUAUGGAGACACGGAUUCGAUUUUUAUCUAUGUACAAGGGAACAUGAUGGCAUUACUUAAUUCUAAUAAAACGCUUUUUGAUACUUCGAUUUUUCCAAAAGACAAUAAAUUUGGAAUAAUUCCAAGAAAUCGCAAAAAGAAUGGCUGUCUUCAAAUCGAGCAUAGUGAGAUUGUCAAAUCACUAAUUUUUCUCUCAUCUAAGCAAUAUGCAGUAAAGUUUGAAAAUGAUAAAACUAUAAAAAAAUCUAAAGGAACAGCUAAAGCUCUUUUAAACAAGUUAACUUAUGAAGAUUACUAUAAUAUGAUGCAUGAAAAGGCUAAAAAAUAUCUAUCUUCAUAUCAUAUUAGAUCAAAAAAACUAGAAUUAUUCACCAUAAAACAGAAUAAAAGUGUGUUUAACUUCACUUGCAACAAGAGACAUUUUAAACAAGAUGGUAGUAGUUUAGCGUUUGGACAUUAUUCAAUUCUUGAUGUAGAUCCACCUUUCUAUGUCUAA